AUGUCUGAUACAUCUUCACCACCCUCAUCGCCCGCAGCGCCUGCGUCGCCCGAUGUUGUCCACAAGAAGCGCAAGCUGCAGGAUGGCCCCGAACUCGAGAUUGAUGUCUCUGCACCGGAGCCGCAAUCUAAGAAAGCCCUGCGUAAAGCCAAGAAGCAGAAGUCAGAGCCCUCCACCGAGGAUGGCGAAAAGAAGAAGAAGAAGAAGGCCGAACCCGCCAACCCAGCAACAGAGGAUGCUUCAGCUAAACGCUCCGACUAUGGAGUUUGGAUCGGCAACCUUGCUUUCACUGUGACCAGAGAUGACCUUAUCAGCUUCUUCACCAGCAACUGCUCUUUCCCCGAGACUACUAUUACUCGAAUCCACAUGCCGAAGGGACAAGAACGAUUUGGAAAGGUCCAGAAUAAGGGCUUUGCCUACGUCGAUUUCUCUAACGCGAAGGCUCUGGAGGAGGCAAUUGGCUUGAGUGAACAGCUUGUAACUGGCCGCCGAGUGUUGAUCAAGAAUGCAAAGAGCUUCGAGGGUCGGCCCGAGAAGUCCCGCGACCAGGAGAAUGCAAACGAAAAGCCCGGUCACCCUCCGUCCCGCCGCAUCUUUGUCGGUAACUUGGGAUUCGAUGUCACCAAGGAAAUCAUGGAGGGACACUUCGGCCAGUGCGGAGCGUUGGAUAAUGUGCAUUUGGCUACCUUCCAAGAUUCCGGAAAAUGCAAGGGAUACGGAUGGGUCGAGUUUGAAGACAUCGCUUCUGCGGAAACAGCGGUGAAGGGCUUUAUGAUGGUUGGUGAGGAUGAUGAGGAAUCAUCCGACAGCUCUGAUUCUGAAUCUGAGAAGCCAAAGAAAAAGUCGAAGAAGAGCAUGAAGCGCAAGGUGUGGGUAAAUACGCUUUUGGGCCGCCGCAUGAAGUUGGAGUUCGCCGAGGAUGCUACCACUCGCUACAAGAAGCGCUUUGGUAAGGACGGCGAGGGCCGGAAGAACGAUUCAGAGUCUGGCGAGACCAAUGGUUCCGAUAGACCUCCUCGUGCCUUCAAGCCCAGACGACCGGAAAUUGACGACUCUCGAUACUCCAAGGAGACCGUCCAGCGGCUCAGUGGUGCUAUUGUUGAGGGUCAAGGCUCGAAAAUUAACUUCGAUUAA